GGGGCCGGGAUGGGGCAGCGCGAUCGGAUGUUCAAGGUGCUGGUGGUGGGAGAUGCCACGGUGGGGAAAACGUCGCUGGUGCAGCGGUACGCGAACGACAGCUUCAACCGGCACUACAAGUCCACGGUGGGAGUGGAUUUUGCUCUGAAGGUGGUCCAGUGGUCGGAGUCCGAGACAGUUCGGCUUCAGCUCUGGGACAUUGCAGGACAGGAACGCUUCACCUCCAUGACUCGACUCUACUACAGGGAGGCAGCUGCCUGCAUCAUCAUGUUUGAUGUCACCAAUGUCAGCACCUUCAGCAACAGCCAGAAGUGGAAGCAGGAUUUGGACAGCAAGCUCCUGCUGCCAGAUGGCAACCCUGUGCCUUGCCUGCUGCUGGCAAACAAAUGUGACCUUUCCCCGUGGGCAGUGACAAGAGAAGAAGUGGAUCGGUUCAGCAAGGAAAAUGGCUUCUCUGGUUGGGUGGAGACAUCUGUCAAGGAAAACAAGAACAUUAAUGAGUCCAUGAGAGUCCUGAUUGAAAAGAUGAUAUCCACAUCUACUGGGGAUGGAAGUUCCUCUGCCACUGGGAGUGGGGAUUAUAUUAACAUCAAAGAGACAGCCCCACCAGGCUGGGCUUGCUGUUAG